AUGACAAGUGCACACGCCACUAGUUCGGAUGACUUUUACUGGCUUGAGAAAACAUUUUUGUAUGCGGAAGAGGCGUUUGGGAGAGGAGAAGUGCCUGUAGGAUGUCUCAUUGUUUACGAAAAUCAGGAGAUCGGAAAGGGCUCCAACAAUUCCAACGAAGACAAAAACGCGACAAAGAAUGGGACGCGCACAGACAAUAAUCGUCUUGCGCAUCCCUUAAUCAAGCAUGCAGAGUUUUCAGCAAUAGAACAAGCGAAGGAAUUUUGUUCCUCGAUAGGAAAGGCGCCUGCUUUUGUUUUUCAUAGAUCGACGUUGUAUGUUACCCUCGAACCCUGUAUUAUGUGCGCUAGUGCCUUGAGAAUAUGUCAAUUUGGACGAGUCGUCUACGGCGCCUGUAAUGACAGAUUCGGAGGAUGUGGCUCGGUCUUAUCAGAGCUUAAUUGCUUCGCUUACGAGAACAAAUUUGACAUGAUACACAAUCGAACUGAUAUGGGGCUCUUUCGCGAUCCAUUUAUAUCGAUUGGUCCGCUAGCACAAGAACGUUGCAUCAAUCUGUUGAAGAAGUUUUAUGAACAGGAGAAUCCGAAUGCACCUGUAGAUAAGGUAAAGAAACGUAAAGCCAAGAAGGCGGCCCUCUGA